GUGGACUAUUGCCAAAAAUCGGUCUCGUUGCUGCAAAAGCUCGCUCCUUGGCUCAACAUCCAGUUGUUCCGGGGCCGAUUCGCGUUCAGGUGUCCUGGCAAAUAGCGGAAGUUUGCAGUUUGCUCGGUACCAGUGAAGAUUAAACGUUCCACACGAGCAAGUUACGGUGGGCAGGGGUGGAAUUCUCUCGGUCAUCAUCAUCACCAUCCGGUCAUCUCGCAUCUCGCGUCGAAAAGGAGUUUAGUGCAACCUUUACCGGCCUACUUAGAGACGAUACAGAGAUAAACCCCCCUACCCCAUUCAUGUGAACGUCUUGGCCGGUGUUAACCUUCGGUUCGUUAGGAGUUAUCAUUUUGCUCCGGAAUCGCUCACUUCCGGUGGCAAGUGUCCAAUAGUGUAUCACAGUGCCUCCGUUUCCUGCGUUUUGUUUUAUUAUUUAUUUUCUUGUGCACGUGUAUGUGAGUGUAUAGUGAGUGAAAGUUAGUGAAACAGAAAUAGCGAGUCAGCUAUAUUGAGAAGAAAUCCUCCGAACCUGCAACUACCUGCUGGGCCCCGCAAGGCUGGCCAAAGCCGCGCGAAGUCGUUCAGCGCCAAACCCCCGCCGGACAUUAAUCAUCGUGCGAUAAGUUAGACACGGCUGCUGUAGGGCCCAAGUGCCAGGAUGAAUGCCUCCGAUCAUGGGUUCAAUCCAGCGUUUAAUAUGGCCACCAUACGACAAGCCAUCAACGAGACGAUAGAACGAGUACGUAUACCAACGCCAACCCGCCUGCGAGAUCUUAUCCGACAGAUCCGAGCCGCCCGGACGGCGGCCGAAGAGCGUGCCGUGGUGAACCGCGAGUGCGCCUACAUUCGUAGCACAUUCCGCGAGGAAGAUUCGGUGUGGCGAUGUCGCAACAUUGCCAAGCUGCUGUACAUACACAUGCUCGGCUAUCCGGCCCAUUUCGGCCAGCUCGAGUGCCUCAAGCUGACGGCCAGUCCGCGGUUCACCGACAAGCGUAUUGGCUAUCUGGGUGCGAUGCUGCUGCUGGACGAGCGGCAGGACGUUCAUCUGCUGAUUACCAACUGUCUGAAGAAUGACCUCAACAGUCCGACACAGUUCGUGGUGGGGUUGGCGCUCUGUACGCUCGGUGCAAUCGCCUCACCGGAAAUGGCCCGGGAUUUGGCGGGCGAGGUGGAAAAGCUAAUGCGCUCACCGAAUGCAUACAUCCGGAAAAAGGCGGCCCUUUGUGCGUUCCGGAUCAUCAAGCGGGUGCCGGAGUUGAUGGAAAUUUUCCUUCCGGCUACACGGUCGCUGCUGAACGAGAAAAAUCACGGCAUUCUGAUCGCUGGCGUUACCCUUAUUACGGAGAUGUGCGAAAAGAGUUCCGACACCUUGAAUCACUUUAAAAAGAUUGUGCCGAAUCUGGUACGAAUUCUGAAAAAUCUUAUCCUGGCCGGAUACUCACCGGAGCACGACGUGAGCGGCGUUAGUGAUCCAUUUCUGCAGGUAAAAAUCCUUCGCCUGUUAAGAAUUCUCGGACACAACGAUCCGGACGCAUCGGAGGCGAUGAACGACAUUCUGGCACAGGUGGCAACCAACACGGAAACGAGCAAAAACGUUGGCAACACCAUCCUGUACGAGACGGUGCUUUCCAUUAUGGAUAUAAAAUCCGAAGGUGGCCUGCGCGUGUUGGCCGUCAACAUUCUUGGCCGGUUCUUGCUGAACAGUGACAAAAACAUUCGAUACGUCGCGCUCAACACACUGUUGCGGACGGUACAUGCCGACAUUUCGGCCGUGCAGCGCCACCGGAGUACGAUACUGGAGUGCCUGAAGGAUCCGGACGUUUCGAUUAGGAGGCGCGCGAUGGAACUUUCGUUUGCGCUAAUCAACUCCCAGAACAUACGGGCAAUGUCGAAGGAGUUGCUCGUGUUUUUGGAGAAAGCAGACCCGGAGUUUAAGGCCCAGUGCAGUAGCCGUAUGGUGCACGUGGCGGAACGGUACGCAACUUCCAUUCGCUGGCGGUUGGAUACGCUAUUGAGUGUGCUGAUAGCGGCCGGUAAUUACGUGCGCGAUGAUGUGGUGUCGUCAACGAUCCACCUAAUUCUCAACAGUCCACCGGAAGAGCAAGCGUACAUUGGGUUGCGACUCUGGAGCUCGGUACACAAUGUGGCCAAUUCGGAGGAGAAACAACCACUCCUGCAGGUGGCCGUAUGGACGAUCGGAGAGUACGGUGAUUUAGUGCUCAGUUCCGAACGGAUCGAAGAUGUUGAAAUCCCUGCAGAACAUCAGCUCGUCGAUGUCUACCAGCGGCUGCUCUGGUCUACCUCGGUUUCGACGACGACGAAACAGUACGCACUGGUAUCACUGGCUAAGCUAAGCACUCGCAUCCGAUCGAAGGAAGAGGAAGCGCGCGUGAAACAAAUGAUUGAAGCGUUCGGUUCCCAUCUGAACAUCGAUCUACAGCAACGAGGAGUAGAAUUCGCCCAGCUGUUCAAGGAUUACAGUCAUCUUCGACCGGCUUUGCUAGAAAAAAUGCCCAAAAUACAGAAAACACUUCCAAACGGUACCGACGUUGACGGUGGAGGCGCAUUUGAUGAUCCGCAACCGAGUAUCGAUCUGAUCGAAGGUGGCGAUGAUGGUGAUUCUUCGUUAAUGAUCAACACGACCGGUGGUAUGGUUGGGAAGAUUGGAUCAGAUUCGCGCGCACUGCUCGAUCUACUCGGUGGAGGUGACGAUCCGAUCGAUGGUCUUGGGUUAGCCCCAACCGCAGAUGUGCUGAUUUCCGGUAGCACAACAGCCACCACCAACGGUAAACCGGCGGUCGGUGGCAGUCUACCCACCGCAACCGGCAACAAUCAAGAUCUGCUCGAUCUGCUCGGCAGCUUAGAUAUGCCGGCGAGUACACCACCGGCCGCCGUUAAUUCGUCGCUCGGUGCAAACACACCAAUCGGUGUCGGCGGAAUCGGGCUCGAUCUAAAUAGUCUCAAUGACAAUAGCAUUAAAAAUGGUACCGGCGGACCAAACCUGCUGGCCAACUCUUCCUCCUUCGGUGGCCUCGAUAAUCUGCUAAAUUCCAACCUCUCGCCGACAAUGCCGGUCCUGCCCGGUAUGGGAUCACCGUUGGCGGGACUGGGCAGCCUUACCAGUCCCACCUCACCGACGGCGAUGGUGAGCAACACCACGAACGGAAGCGCCAGUCUGUUUAGUGACUUUUCGGCGGCAGCGAUUAAUAAUAAUGAUGAACAUGCGAAGCUGCUGACGGCACUGGAUAAAAAUGGCAUCCUAGUGCAACUGUCCGCGAAGCAUACGGGCGGUGCAUUGCAGAUUCUCAUGACGGCAACCAACAAUUCACUCACCACCCUCGAACAGUAUCUAUUCCAGGCGGCCGUUCCGAGAAGUUUCUCCUUGCAGAUGCUUUCGCCAUCCGGUUCCACGUUACCGCCUGGUGGAACGAUAACGCAGGAAAUGCGUGUUACUAGCACAGCUAAGGCAACGUUAAGGAUGCGUCUCCGAAUAUCGUACCAAUCGGACGGCAAUCCGGUGCAAGAGCAAACGGAAGUGUCCGGCUUUCCAGAAGAACCUACCGAAUGAGACCUAAACGAGAACCGGUCCGAUACACUAACGUCAUCAGCGCUGCAACAGCACACACGAUCGGCAGUCAGGCCAUUGCUAUUGCCCGCGGUUGUUUGAAAGGAUGGGGGAAAAAAGUUCUCUAUCAAUUUGCAGUUGCGUUGCCAAACAUAACCCAACCCUUUCCGGGGGCAUGAGUGUGCGCGUCUUUCAUAAUUCAAGAGCUUAAUUUAUGUUAUUGUGUUAUUUGAUGCGAAGCGUUUGCCGCGCCCUGUUGCAAAUGCUUCGCGCUUAGGGUUUUUGAAUUGUAUAGAUUGUAAUAGCUUUAUAUGAAAAAAAAACAAGGUUUUAUCUCACUAUCUACUUCCAUCCAUCAAUUUUACGUUUUAAGAAUUCGACGCAAUACUGUUUUAUUUGUAAUAUGCUAAAACUAUGGAGCAAAUGCAUAAUGUUUUCUCCGAGCGCGCGCGCAUUCACGCGCCUGUGUAGAAAGAUGAAAAGCUUAAGCUACCCCGAGAUGGCCACCGCCACUCUGCUUUCCCCCACUACUUCCUGGUAUCCUUUUCCUGCGAGCCGCGCAGCAAUGGAACCACUAUUUAGAAAGCAAUUUAGAACACAUCGAUACGACACGAUACGGUUGCUCAAGGUGUUUUGGGCGGGAAAGGGUCGGUUAGGAAUAGGAUAGUGAACAGUUAACGUGUCGUUGGAAAGCGUUUGUUAAACUGCGGCAGGGAAAGGCCAUUAAAGUGUAAUUCGAUACUAUCCCCCAUUCAUUUCGUAAUCCUCUUAACCUAUUAAAUGGCUUUCUGGAUGGAACCGUAUAGCUCUGCAACAUAUAGUUAGAGAAAGAAUGAUAGAAAAAAUUGCAACGUACCGUGUGAAACAAAGUGUUUGUUUCGGAUGUGUUGCUGCGGUCUGAUGAAUGUGUUUUGUUGGAGCGAAAUCGACGUAUCAACGCGAUACACGUUUGUACAAAACAACAUUUGCUGUGCAUAAUAAAAAUGGAUAAAAAGGGGGGAGAACAUUAACACAAGUAAUGAUAAUUGUACGUGCAUAAGGUUUUGAUUAUGUUAUUAUCCUGCCUAACAUCCUACAUUUAUACUGUUCCAGCGCGCCACGGUGUGAAAACAGUGUGGAUGAAAGAGUAAAAGACAUUGAAACGCCUCUCAUUAUAGCUUAUAUUAAAAAAACGCAAAAGGGGUUUAAUAUGCCGGAAUUUGAUAUCGACGUAACAUUUGUAUAAUCUCAAUGUAAUGCUGUUACAAUCAAAACGAAUCUUUUGAGCGUAAAAAGAUAAAUUGGUGUUGUAUGAAUGAAGUGUUGAUAUGAAAGUCCACAAGAAAACCCUGUAAAUAAUCAGUCUGUUACACUAAACAAGGAGAAAACAUAAACGAAAGUAACAAAACGAUGGCAUAAGAAGGAACCUAUACAUAUAAGCUUUAGAAAGGAAAAGAAAUAGUGCAGGCAAAUAUUGUAAAAGAACUAUAAAAACCCAGAAUGAGUUAACCUAGAAAAUAUACGCAGAACACUUUUAGGGAAGCAUACAAUAUAAAUAUCAAUCACACAUCCAACCACAUAAAUAGGUACUAAAACAGGAUGUAAGCGAUUCAGAAAUGGGGCAUGUAGAAUGGAGAUGCACACUAGGCUUGAUAGAUUGAUUGUUGAUCGUGUUUGGGAUGCAGCAGCUUUGUGUCCUUGUUGGUGUUGCAGAGGGUUGGGGCCGUUGACUCCACCCUCGAUUGUUUAGCUGCCCCACGGACACACACAUUCGGUCCUAGCGUGUUCGUGUAGUGCGUUUGUGUGUAGUGUCCAAUGAAGCCGCGAUCCCUCUGUAACGAUCUUCCACACACACACAUAGACACACAAACCAACAUAACAUGCCGUUCCUAGUGCGCGCCCCUAAUGAACGCGGGAUGCCAAGUUCCAUUUGUGCCGAUCGCAUAAGAAUCGCAAAGAGGAAAGUGAGGUUAGUCGUUAGUGAAUAUACGGAAGAGAUAUUGCGCCGGUUGCGGAUUGAAAGGAGAAUAGUUCUAGUGUGGCCACGCCACCGGAUCUGGUGUUGUUUUCCGUCCAAAAAACAAAAACAAAACAAAACCCCGAAGAGUAUGAGAAUUAAAUGGAAAGGAUGUGCAAGAGUGUGUAACCAGGGACAAAAAAUACACUUUUAAGGGCUGUACACAAAAAAUCACCACUCUUUCCAUCUUUCUUUACUACUCUUUCUCGUGUAAGACAUGUGCGAAAAAAAUAUAACCAGAAGCGCUAGUAAUUGUUUCCUUCAUGUGUUUUUCUUUCGUUCGUGUUCGAGUGAUUUUUGUAUGCCUUUCUUUUAGUUUAAUUUAUUAUUUUGAUUUCUUUCUAUGUCUUUUGCAUAUCCAUUACCUCAUCUGUUGAGUUACGGAAAUAGGAAACUGGUACUUAACAAUUAAAGCACAGAUGCGAAAAAAUGGCCACCGUUUAUGCAAUUGCUGUGAAACACUCACAAGAUGGUAUAGAAUGAGCAAUAAUAGAAAAUGGUAACGACGUUGCACAUAACAUUAUCCCGCGGGUAUUUUUCUUUGAGGUUUAUAUGCCUCGUACCAGUUGGUUGUAUUAUAAGAUGGGGAGAAAAAAAUAAUAAUAGUAUAAUCUUUAGGUGGACGGGAAGGGGUGGGGAGCGACUAUGUAAGAAAGCAAACUACUUAAUAGCAGGCAAACACGUAACAUGUUAGCUAUAUAUUAUUGGGAUACAUUACACCGAGAAACAUGUUAACGGAUGACCCGAAGUGUUGUAAACUAGAGCGGAAAAGAAGGAAAGAGAGAGAGAGAGAGGGAGACAUAGCAUUUUUACUUAACUGCGGUGGCUUAUAUUUUUUUGUGUUCACAUGCAAGUGUGUAUUGUUGUGUAGGAAAUGGUAAACUAAAGGAACAAACACACAAAACACUGAAAACUAAUUACAGUAACCCUCCCCCAAAAAAAGCGUGAACGUGAACUGAAAAACGUAAAAAGGAUCGGACAAACAAAACGAGAAAACAACA